UCACACCCCAACGCAGAAGUGUUGUUACAUUUUCGUCCAAUAGUUUUUCGCGAUGCUUUCUUAAUUUUUUUGUUUUUCAAUUCUAUUUAUGAUUUCAAAUCAUUAAUAUAGAACAAUCUAUAUUAAUCAACUAAUAAACUGUUUGUAUUCACAUAAACUUUGUUUACGGUAAAACAACUAACGAAGUCGUGUGAAAAAUCCUUCUUUCGUAAUUGUGUCGCUCAAAAAAAAAAUAUGUCUACAAAAACCUCAUCUUCAUCCACGGUAGUUAGUGCAGCGAACCAAAACUCAAAAAACAUCUAUCCCGCUGGCGUCACCUCUUCGAAGGUCGGCAACCUGGAGUUUGACGAUUUCACGAGUAGCUCCAUUCUGGAGUUUCUCAACAAAGAACAAGAGUGUUUCUAUGGUUCCAGCCGGGACACCAGCGAAAUAAACGAUGAAAUCAUAUUCGAGGAAGUCAAUCGAUUGGCUGACAAUACAGACACUCGUAGUGUUGAUGAGAUACUUCGCGAAGCCGAACUUCUGAUAAAUAAUCAACUUGCGGCAAGUGUCUCAUCGGUCGCAGUAAACGGUACAAAUGGUGGUUUCGAAAUACACAAGAAAUCUAACUUCAAUAAUAUUGGUGACGGAUAUCCGGAAAAUAUUUGUCCACCGGUUGUUGUAAAGGAGAAAGAUUCGCCAACAAAAAUUGUUAAUAAUUUCGAUAAAGUAGUUGAUAAUGUGCAUUUGGAUUCGGUAAUAUCUGAUGAAUCAACACCAAAGGAUAUGAGGAAUUUUACAGCAAAUAAUGCAGAUACAGAUGACAUCGAUGAGGAUAUUACUGAUACGAUUGAGGAAAUCACCGAAGGCAUCGAAACCAUUGAAUUGUUUAUCAAUGAAGAUCCAACAUGUGGAAUAAACUACAACACAAAUUUUUCAAACGAUCUUGAAAAUGGUCACAAUACAAACUUUGUUCCAUCACAAACACAUCAAUUGACUACAAAAACCUCAAGACAAAAUUCACAAGACCAUGUUUCUCCAUCCUCAUCGCACAAGCCAAAUACUCCAUCAUCACCCACUGUCGAUACUGUUGACAGUGGAGCCAGUUCAAAUUCCGAGUUCUACGACGACGAUGAUGGAGGAGUGGCUCUUCUUCCACAUCCCCAUGUCCCCAGAUCAAAUCAAAAUUACUCUCAGACUGAUUUCCCUUAUGACCAACGACGACGCAUUGCUGAUCAACAGCGUGCUACAUCAAAUUCAUUCGAAAAAAAAACUUACGCUGAUAAAGCUACUAACUCAUCACCUAAACACCUGGUUUCAAAAGUAACCUCACCCAUAGAGUCUUUAUCCAUAACACGAGAACAUGUUCUGAAACAUGAAAUUGAGCAGCUGCAAGAAAAACUCAAGGAUACCGAAGAACGCCUACAGAGUCUUCGCAUUCAGCACGAUUCGCUGUCACAGCUGCAUCGCGAUUUAAGAGAGAACAACACGCAUUUACAAGAGGAAUCAGAAGUUUUAAAACUUGAUGUACAACAUUUAAAUGAGUGUGCAAAUGUGUUGCGAUCGGAACUCCAAGCUGCUCGUAGUGACCGAAAUGAAGCUCUAGAACUGCAACGAGUCCUACAAACCGAAUUGGAAGACAGUCGAUGUGAACGUAAAAAAGCACAAGACCAAAAGGAGAAGGAUACAAAGACCAUAUUGGACUUACAAAGGCAGUGCAGGGAAAUGGAACGAAUUCUUAUGAGGAAGCAUCCGGAUUCAGUUUCAGCUUUGAUUGUGGCUUCGAAAAAUCCAAAUAAAUCAUCUGCGAAUGACGACAGCCACAGUCGUAGGCUACUUGAACAGCGUAUAGCCCAAUUGGAAGCUGAUGCCAAAGAACAAGAUAUUAAAGCACAAAAAAUAUUGGCAAAUGUUCAAGCGCGAUUUAAUUCCGUACAAUCGAAAUAUGAAACUCACAUUGCCGAUUUAGAAACUCAAGUGUUGAGCUUGCAGGAAAUCAAUACAAAGUUGAAUGAGAAAAUUGAAUCGCAGGUCAGGACACUCGAUUACUUUGUCUCCAAAAAGUCUGAACGAUAUCAUAAUGGCUGUACUCAAACUGAAGAGAUUCCGGAACGACAACGCAGAACAGUAACAUCAUAUACGCAAACCGAUUGUAUAACAAGUUACCCGUCAUCGUCGUUAACAGCAGCUAAAACAGCAACCACAACAGCAACAACACUGGUAUCCACAGCGACAAAUACUUCUAGUGCUAAUACCAGCGCCAAUUCCACUCCUUCAAACAGUAGACCAAGUUCAAAACAGUCAGGAUUAAAGAAACCAACUGCGACCAGUAAACUACCAUUUUCACAAUCCGAUUCUACUAUCUCGUCAGUCUACCAUGCUGCCGCCAAAGAGGAUGCUCAUCUACUGGCAACCAUUCGUGGCAUGAGGGUUGACCUGGCAAUUAAGGAUAAAGCCAUGCAAAGGCUUACUAGGGAAUUAGAUGAAUGCAAGAGAACUAUUCGAAAGUUGCAAAAAGAAAAAGAGGCUUUAAAAUCCGAAAAGCAACAACACAAUGCUUCUAGCAGUUCAUCCUCUCGUAAAUUCCACCAUGAUUCAAGUCAAUUUAAUUCAGACCAAUCUAGUGAUAGUCAAGCUCUCAAAGAAGCUCUCAAUAAAAUCAAACUUUUGGAAUUUGAUUACAAAGCACUGCACGACAAACGCCUGCAAGAUUUAAAGACACUCCAAACUGCCCAUGAACGUGAACUUAGCUCCUGCCAUGAAACAGUUCGCAUACUCCAGCAACGUCUAACCGAACGUGAUGAAGCCUAUGCCAUGCAAAAGCGUCGAAAAGUACCAGUUGAUUAUUACGCUCUCAAGGCUAAGGUUUCAUCUCUAGAACGCCGACACUCGGAGCGUGAAGAGCGUUUGCACAUGUUAGUCGAAGCUUUAAGCAAAGGACGUUUAAAUGGUGCCCUUGAGGACUUAAUAAGUGAUAAUAAUAAUUAAACAAUAAUUUAUUUAUUUAUUUUUUUUCAAAAUUUUAUAUAUUGUAGUUAUAAUAAUUUAUUCAAAAUACCAACAAAAUAACAAACAUUAAAUUAAAACAUUAUUUGAGAAAAUAAAUUUUCUAUAAAAUUAAAAAUUAAAUUUUAACGUAAACAUUACCUGCAACAAGGUUAGCAGAAAGUAAUGAUUUUAUGGCGCGUGGUUGUCAACUAUUUAAAAAUUGUUAAUUAAACCUAAUAAACAAAAAAAAAUAUAUUUAAUAUCAAUGGAAAUUGUGUCCGUCCAAUUUUGGGCAAAUACAAACACAUUUAAAAUUUAAAAACAAAAUAAAAUAAUGUGUAAUCUCAAAACAAAAAAAAUACAAGUAUGUCGAUAAUAAAAUGAAGAACAAAACGUUUCCUUCCAAAUUAAAAUAAAAAAAAUUAAUGAAAAAAACAAAUAUUCAAAAAUUAAAAAAAAAAACUAUUAAUACAGGUAAAAAAACGCAGCCAAAUAAAAAACGUGUUUUGUAGCUCAAAUUUAAAUUUAUAUUAUAGCUUGAGGAGAAGCAGAGUUUAUUUAAAAAAGUAUUUAAGUAUUAUGUAUUGUAAUGUUCUUGUUUGCUUCUCCUCGUAGAGCAUUUGAGUGUGUGUCUAGAGCGUCGUAGAAAUAAGACUUAGUUUUUGUAGUCAGCUUCGGAAAAGCCCUUAAAAUUAAUUCCAAAAUCAAAAAUAACAUUAAAAAAACAACAACAACAGCAAAUAAAUUCAAAUAUCAAUAGAACUUAGAAUUAUCUGCAUUGGAAAAUGUUUAAGGGAGUCUAGUUUUUGUUUGUUUUGUCAAAAAUUAUGUAAUGCUGCCUUAUCUGCACAAAAAAUUUUACAUCUGAUGCAGACAAAACUCAAGAGAAUUGAAAUAAUUUAAAUUGAAAAAAGACCUUUCCGAGCAGGGCUUAUUAUACAAUAUUAUUAUUAUAGUGUAUUUAUUCGUCCACAGGGUGUACAAACAAAGGCGCGUGGGAUUUUAAAAUGUUUAAUCAAUUUGCAAUCUUUUUCGUACAGCUUUCUAAAUUAACCAAAAACGCUGCAUAAUGUUAAAGAAGUAUACUUUAUAGUACAAUGUGAAGAUGCACAAAUAUUUGU